GGGGCCUGUCGGAGCUGCAGCGGGAGCGCGACAGGCUGCUUGCGGUGCUGAAAAACCUGCAGCAGCACCAGGCGGCAGUCGAACGCACGCCUCAGGCGUCGGAGGACCCGAGGGGCGAGGUGCUGGGCCUGCUGCUGCGGUGGCGGGCGCGGCGGCGGCGGGCGCUUGAAGCGGAGGUGCGGCGGCUGGAGGCGCUCAUACAAGCAGCCCAGUCGGCGGACGGGGCGAGGAAGAUGGAAGUGUAA